AUGGCAAAGCCACCUCCGACUUCCAUAGACGACAUGGCAAGAACAACUGUGAGAUCAACCAUGAUGUGGUAUCUUUCUUUCCUGGCUCCCCUCGCAAUAGCCUUCCCCCUGUUUCCGAUCAAAACUACUACACCAGAAUCAUGUACACAGAUGCGUGCCUCAGAAUGGCGCCAACGAAGCAUAUAUCAGAUUGUCACGGACAGGUUUGCCUUACCAGAUGGGACGACUCCCGAACGUGGGCUUAGAGAACACUGCGGGGGAACUUGGAAGGGUAUUGAGAACCGCUUGGACUAUAUCGCUGGAAUGGGAUUCGAUGCUCUUUGGAUCAGUCCAGUCGUACACAAUCUUGAAGAGAAUACAACUUGGGGCUAUGGUUAUCACGGAUAUUGGGCAGAUGACCCUUUCAGACUCAACGACCAUUUUGGCACGGCGGAAGACCUACGAAGUCUCUCGGAUGCACUACACGCCCGAAACAUGGCCUUGAUGGUGGAUGUUGUUAUCAAUCAUCUUGGGAUAAAUCAACCUCCGGAUCAGCUCGAUUAUUUGCACUUUCCCGAGCCGUUCAACAGCCCCGACGCCUUCCACCCGAACAGCCCCAUCAAUUACAACAACCAGAAAUCAGUGGAAGACUGCUGGUUGGUCGACGCGCAGCCUCCACUACUGGCCGAUGUCAACACCGAAAAUCCUGAUGUUUUGGAGGCAAUAGUCAGAAGCGUGGUCGAUCUCGUCCAGCGCUACUCCAUCGAUGGCAUUCGACUUGACACUGCAAGACACGUACCACAACGCCAUCUUGAACGAUUCCAAGAAGCCGUCAACGUCUUUGUGACUGGCGAAGUCCUGGACGGAGAAGUCGAAUAUGUUGCACAAUAUCAAAGGUCGAUGGACAGUGUCCUCAAUUACCCUUUAUAUUUUGCCAUCAACGGAGUGUUUGCUGGAAAUGCCACAUUCAGUACUCUACAAGAUGUCAUCAAUCGCGAAAGAGCCUCGUUCUUGGAUACCACAGUUCUCGGCAACUUCCUGGAUAAUCAUGACCAAGCUCGAUUUGCGAGCAAGACAGGCAACAACAUCGCCCAAGACAUGAACGCUUUGACAUUCAUUAUACUCGCCCCUGGGAUUCCAAUCGUCUACUACGGAUUUGAGCAACGACUUCACGGAGACAAAGAUCCCGAAAACAGAGCGCCCCUUUGGAGUGUAGGAUAUAAUACCGACGCACCCCUUUAUAAGCUGAUCGCCAAGCUUCAAGCCAUCAAGCAUAUCGCCAGGUCGAGUGAUAUUAUGUCUCUCUUCGAUGAAGACCUGGGACAGGUUUUGGCAAUUUCAGAUACGACAUUGGCUUUUCAACGUGGACCACUCGUGACAGCCGUCAGCAAAGCUCAACUGGACGACGACAACAACAGCAGCAGUAACAGCACGGGGCUUCAGCUUCCUCGGUCCGCUUUCAACGAGGGAACUCAACUGAUCGACCUGAUCAGCUGUGAAGCCACCACAAGGGCAGGCGUCGAUGGAUCAUUCACUGUUUUACACAACACGAGCUCCCCAGAGAUUUGGGCAUCAAGAGAACUUGCUGGUGGAUUGUGUUUUUGA